UAUCUUUUUUGUGGAACAGAUCUGCGCUGUGUUCAAAAACAAAAAUGUUUAAUAAUUUUGUAUGAUUUGAUCUUGUCCACGAACCUCUGGUGCUUCGUUACAAAAGACGGAAGAAUGCCUGUUAUGGAAACCUGUUGGUCACCGUGGCUUCACUACACGGACAUCAAGGAAGCUUCUAAGGCCGUUGCUGCCUAUACACUAGCCAUCAGCGUUAUUGGAAUCGUUUAUUCGGUUUAUGUGAUGCUCGGAGGCGUUUCCUCAGAAUUCUUUGGACCACUUUUUGAGACUGACACGAGAAACACUGCGAAAUAUGCCGGAGGAUUUUUGAUAAUUUUCUGCCUAAUAUACAUCGGGUUCUCAAUUCUGAUGAUGUUCGGAAUUGCGAGAGAAGUGCGCGGAUUCAUCCUGCCUUGGAUGAUCCAAACGGUUCUUUCCUGCAUGAGCAUCACAGCGUUUGGUCUCUGGGUUUUGUGCUCGUACUACACAAACCUUUGGUCUGUGUUCGCAUUCAUAGUGAUCAUGUUGUGCAGCGCAUUGCAUAUUUACUGCUAUCUCUGUGUGUAUUCCUUCUACCGUGAGGUGAAGAAGUUCCAGAAGCCCAACAUCGUUCCUCUCUGGGAUGAAGAGUUCGAUUAUUGAGGGAGACAUCAUCAAAAUAUUAUUCUUACGCGGGGAAAUGUUCGCAAUAUUUGUUACGAAAGAAUCAUUUUUGUCGACGAAGUUCAUUCCGUCCUGUUACAUGGUUACUUUUAUACAGUUGUUGAGAAACUAUGUGCUUGAAUAUUCCGCCAGAAACAUUGAUAUCGUUUUUUCUGUGAACCUCAGCUUUUAUCUCGUAUUCAUGGUGAGAAGCACUGAAUACAAAAGACGUUCUGUGGUGGUACAUUUGAACCUCCAUGUAUCAAGCCUCGUUAUUCCGGAUUUUUUUCAAUUCCCU